AUGGCGCCGAAAACCAUCUCCAUCAUCGGCGGGUUAGAUUACGAUCUGAUCAUGAUCGCAAAUCGCAUCCCGGAGGGGGGUGAAAGUCUUCUGGCGAAUGAGUACUUGGAAGCUUUAGGGGGGAAAGGUGCCAACUCUGCCAUUGCAACAUAUCGGACCUGCCACAAGAAGCCUAUGGAUGUCCAUGAAACGCCGGCCUCCGUCCAGACUUCUGAGAUUGAGCUCGAAAUCAAUGUCAGAAUGGUCGGCGCAGUCGGUGAUGAUAAGUACGGAGAAAAGUUCUAUGCCGAAUUGACCAAGAAUGGCGUGGAUUGUUCGGGCAUCAUCACGGUGCCCAAAACUCAAUCGAGCAUCUGUUUCGUUAUGGUGGAAAACUACACUCGCGAGAAUCGGUGCCUCUUCACUCUCGGCGCCACGGCAACCUGGAAGAAAGAGCAUUUCUUGAAAGUCGAGGAUCUUGCGCACGGUCUACGGCCAGACCUUUGUGUUGCACAAAUGGAGAUCCACAAGGAAGUGUCUGAAGCAGCCAUCAUGUCUGGCCGCGACUUGGAUGAGGUCAACAAGGACACGUGGCCAGUCAUUUGCCAGGAAUUCCUAAACCGCGGCGUCAAGAACGUGGUGAUCACUCUCGGAGCUAAAGGAGCUUUCUACGCAACGGCAACGGACCGUGGCCAUUGCUUGGCGUACAAAGUCAAAGUUGUUGAUACCACAGGCGCAGGGUGGGCUUCCAGCAUCCUCGAACCUUAG